CAAGUUGCCAAAGGCACACCGUGAAACUGUACUUUUUGUGUUUUUGUAGCGUCAACAAGGUUUGUUCGUCCACAGAGCGGUGCAUUUCCAAUCCCCCCCGAGGCCAUCCGCCAGUGGUCUGUGACGGAAGAGGACGUACGCAGUUCAGACAACUCACUCUGACUACGUAACAGUAGAGUAGAUCUCUUCGACCAGGUAGGAAGAUUCUUCAAGUUGGGACCGCUCAUCCUUUCACUGUACUGUCAGUUCCGGCUUGAGUCCAAUGCAUUAUUAUAGUAUAUGGCAUUCCAUCUACUUUUCCUCAUGCUGACAGACUACAACACUUACUCUGGCAAGAAGAAUUCUCUUCACCAAUAACUUCCCGUAUCACAUCAGUUUUCAGCGGGGUUCGUGUAGUCCUUACUUGAUAUUCAAAGCUGCAGAAGAACAACGACAGCCAACUCGCGGGCAUGGCUACAGCAACAUAUAACGAGGAGGAGACCACAGGCCGAGAGGGCGCCGGUUUUGCACAGACUUACCUGACACCCGGAGCCGGUGUGCUGUAUGCUCUGCUGAACACAGUUCUCUCCGCCACCUCGUCACAGUUUAUGGCCCUGGGUAGCCAGGCGGGCAUACCUGGGCUCCAGCUGAUCUUCCUCACCAGACUUGCGGAGCUCCUUGCUGUCUUGCUCGUCCUGCCCUUCUUUAGACCAAAACUGACAACUGAAAACGGACGAGAAACUCUACUCAUGGUGCUGUCGACUAUUACGGAGAACCUUGGAACUGUCUUCCAGUAUAUGUCCUUCGUCUUCGUUGUCCCUGGGAUCGCCUACGGUAUCAUGCGAGGGUCUAUCCCUUUGGCCUCGGCCUGUAUUGGAUUUUUGUACCUGAAGGAAACUGUGGGCGUCGUGGAUUGUUUCGGAAUCGUUCUCAACGUAGCCGGGGUUGCUGUAGUCACAUAUGGGUUAAUCACGGAGAACACUUCGUCCGCGCAGCGUCUGACGGUGUCCAUUCUCCUUCCGUUCGCAGCAACUUUCAGCAAAGCUCCAGGUCUGGUCAUCGCACGGUCACUCAUCGGCGUACAGAAGGUCUCCGUUCUAACCGUGCUCUUCUACGCCAACCUGGCAGGAGCGGUCCUGCUGCUCGGACUGACGUACUGGUUUGAGACCCCGAUUUGGGCGAUGUCGGCACAGACGGUGGGUUAUGUUAUCGGGCUGUGCCUGUGUGUCUGCGGAGCGCAUUUUGCUACAAAACUGUCACUGAAGACGGAAAAGGCGGGGAUCACUGCCACCAUCAAGACCUUCACCAUACCUCUCGCAGUGCUGUUGGACUACGUCGUUCUAUCGGAGUUGCCCAGUCCGCUCAAGUCCGGCGGUGUUGUACUCAUAGUGUUCGGUACCGGUGUAGUGGCGGUUUAUACAUGGUGGAGGCAUCGCAAAGAAAGUCUUCACAAAAAUCUCAUGCAGACCUUGAACUUUGAUACGUAAGUCAUCAACGCGAGUGUAUAAAACGUGUAGCUGUAUAAUUUAUGGAAUAUGGCGUACAGGGUAUAAUGUAUGGAAAUAAGUUUAUAACAAUAACUCUCAUAGACUAAAUAAUAUUAUGACAUGUACUAACUAGAGUUACACGACCCUCUCAAAUCGUGUUAAGCAUAAUAAAUAUACGCAAGCGACAAGAGGUCUAUUUCAAAUACCUGCACAGAAACUGUAACAGUCUUUGCAAAAUGCAC